UCAGAUAUUAUGGAGAAUUCAAAUAAUGAUAUCAAGUUACGACUAAAAAUUGAACCUGUUGUUAAUAGUACUGACAAAGUUCCAUAUAACAAUGACAAAGAUAAAGAGAAUAGUGGAAUAGUAUAUGGCAAAACACCUAAUGGUUUUGAAACCUUAUUAUUCUUUAUUCUUCCAUCAUCUACGAAACAAUGGGUUUUUCUAUUUCUCUUUAUUUUCUGGAGAACCGCAUAUGACGUGGGACUCGGGAUUUUAUUAAAAAAUCAAAGUGAAAAAAGAAAUUUGGUUACUUUGGCAAAACGGGCGAAAAUCUUUGAUAAAGAAAAAGGGGGAAAGUUACGAGAUUUUAUUAAAAAGGAAUUAAGCAUUAAGAUGGGUGAUGAUUAUGAUUUCGAUACUGUUCCACCGGAAUUCAACACUUGGCUUUUAUUCCGUCAACUUGUUGAUCUCAUUCUUUUGAACGAUUUCACCACUUAUGCAUUUUUUGCACUUUCCAAUUUCAGUAUACCGGAAAAUUCUGGUUUAAUUAUUAAUAUUCUUCGUUGGGCAGGAGGCUUGUUCUUAUUAUGGUUUAAUAUUUGGGUAAAAACUGACGCUCAUCGGGUAGUUAAAGAUUUCGCUUGGUAUUGGGGUGACUUCUUUUUCCUUGUUGAUCAAUCACUUACAUUUGAUGGUGUAUUUGAGAUGGCACCACAUCCAAUGUAUUCUGUUGGAUAUGUUGGAUAUUAUGGAGUAUCCUUGAUUAUGUCUA